AUGAAAAAGGGACCGACACCGCCACCGCCACCGCCACCGCCAAUAAGCAUCUAUGAAAAGACUCAUUCAGUGAAGAUCGAAACGGAAUAUCAACUAUGGAACCUUGGGCAAAGUGGUCUCGUUGUGUUGAAUAAUGAUGGUACCGUAGAUUGCAAAGGGACUUUUGGGGCCCCUGCGAUUAUGUCUUAUGAUAACACAUCUGCUGCUUGCAUAGACUGCAUUGCCCUUGGCGUCAACAAUUUAUUACUGGUAGGAGAUGCAGCAAGCAGAACUAUCACAGCAAAGAAUAUAGAUGAUAUUGAUGGAAACGGUGAAUCUUUUGAGCCUGAUUACUUCUGGAGCUUCACGAUGUUCAAGCACCAUAAUAGUGGCCUCUACAUGGGAUGCGAUAACUCUAGAAACGCAAAACUGUUUGAAGGUCAGCCAGUUGAGUAUCCAGACCCUCAAAUUCUUUUUGUCCUAACCAAAGUUGACUAACUUCAAAAGACAACUGAUGAAGAAUCAUGGCGCUUCAUGUUUUUUCACUGCGAAGUCAGCUUUUAUGCAGCUAUUAGCUUUUGCGAAGGUAUUUAAAUUUCAAUAUUAUAACUAGUAAACAGAUGUCUUGCAUAAAUAUAUGUCCGACAUUAACUUUGAUCGUAUCAAUAGCCAUAAGUUGAACAGGCCAAAGGUUUACUCUGGCCUUUAUGGUAUACUCAUUGUUAUCAUGGAAUUGAUAUGAUCAGUAGGAUACGCAAGUAUACAUAGAAGAGCUUCAGCUCUAAAAUCUAGUUGAGCCUGCACUCAUCGUCCUUAAUUAUCAUUAUUUAUCACUAAGGGGGGGGAGGGGGGGGGGAAAGAUGGCAGGGUUGAGGGUUUGGUUGUGUCACAAUAGAAUUUGUCUGACCCUCCCUUGAGGCUUUAUAGUCUUCCAAAGAUAGUAUGCCCUCUAUCUUUUGUUAUAGACGGCUGACCUCCCCCCUCCGGUGAUAAAUAAUAACUUAAUAAUGAUAAAAAUAAAAGAGAGAGACUGUUGUAAAUAAAAUGUUUCUUCGACCCACAUACUAAGUAUGCUGGUGGGAAAAGAGCAUUGAAGGUCCCUUGCUUAUGGUUGCAUACUUAACCAAACGGAUCACGGUUCUAUCGUUAGCCUGUUCAGAAUAAAACCUCUGGAUACAAAAUGCUGAACAGACGUUCGUUUACACCUAAUAAAUAAGCUAGACGACCAAUCUCCAUGUAAAUAUACGCAUUAGUAGUCAAAAACGAAUAUCUCAACCAGUGAAAAAAACUGUUUGCAUGUUAAUUACAAUUUAUCGUAUUGUAAUGUUUUUCUAACUUUAAAUUGAAUUAAAGGUCAUGCUUAGCUGUCGAAGAUGAGUUUUUCAAUAAAGUUUAUACUACACUG